AUGACACAAGUAAUUCUCCGUAUACAUUUUAUCUUUAAAGAUAAUACUAGUCCAACUGCCUCUGUUGAUUUGGUUAAAUCAGUUGCUGUUUUAGAUACUGACACUGCUGAGCAAAUAGUUGAUAAGGCUUUAGAUAAACUUCCAGAAAGACCUCAAGGAGAAUUUAUUUUAUGGCAACCAACACGACACACAUUGUUCCUUCCAAGUCAAAUUCUUGCAGCUGCUGGUUAUGACUCUACUGAGACACUUGACAUUAGACCAUUGAAUCAACGAUUUAAGUUUGAGUUAAUUGACAAGACUAUUAAGACAUUCCAAGUUAAUGUUACGUUAACAGUUGAGAAAUUAUUACAAUUUAUUGGAGAAAAGGUUAAUAUUCUUUACACUGAUGAAUAUGGAUUAAAGGUAUACAAUGAAACAACAAAGAAAGAAAGUAAUCAAUGGCUUGAUCCAUUAAGAGUAUUUUAUGAACAAAUUAAUUCAGAGGAUCAGUUAUUAAUUCGUUUGAAGAAAAGAUUUUAUUUCAGAGAUAGAAACGUUAAUGAUACUGAUCAACAACAAUUACAUUUAUUGUAUACUGACUGUACCUUUAAAGUUAUUGAAGGUAUGAUUCCAUUUAAUAUGAAUCAAGCAAUUCCAUUAGUUGCAUUAAAUUGUCUUGUAGAAUAUGGUUCUUAUGAUGAGAGAUAUGGUGAAGUUGAUUUAAACCCAAAAGGAUUAGAAAAGAGAUUACCAGAUAUCAAGAAAUAUUUCCCAGAGAAUUGCCAAAAAAAAGUCACAGCAAAACAACUUCUUGCUGUAAUUAAAGAGUGGAAGAAUAAAAGUAUGACAACAAAACAAAUGCAAGCUAAGUAUCAAUACUGUCAACUUGUAAUGCACGAAAAAACUUAUGGGCUUGAUAUUUUCAAAGUUCGUAUUAGAAAAGUUGGUAAAGCAAAAGAAAUUCCAAAAAUUUUUGGUAUUUGUAAAGAUUAUGUAUUACUUGCAGAUGAAGAUGGUGGAAAUCAAGAAAUUUGGGUUAUUUCAAAGAUUGCUCGUUAUGCAGUUGGUAAGAAUGUCUUUAUUCUUGAUUUAGGUAAUCACUCAACCAAUUAUAUUACAUUAAUCACUGAAGAAGGUGAUUUAAUUUCUGCUACACUCUCAGGAUAUAUUGAUUUAAUUACAAAGAGAAAAAAAGAAGCACAACUUGCAGAAAAAGAUGUUGAACCAGAAUAUUCUAUUACUGAUAAAAUUGAAGACGUUCCUACUGGAGUUGAUAAUACUAAGAAAAAGAAAGCAGUUCCUAAAGUUUCUCAAACAGCUCAAGUUGCUCAAGUUGUUUCACAAAGUGAUACACAAGAACAAGUUCAAUUAUGUGUAGAUAAGUAUCAACAAAUGACAUUUGAAGAAACAAGUGUUGAACCUGUUCAAUUUUCUGCUGAGGUUAUGGUUGAAUCAGCUCAAUCUAUUGGACAAUUAGUUUCUGAUUUAUAUUCAACAGAUAAAGCUACUGUUACUAAUGCUUUAAAUGAAUUAACUAUACAAACUGAUGCGUUAUUUACACAAUUUUGUGCAUCAAAAAGUGUUGAUUUUGGUAGUUGUGUAAUGAAUGCUGAUGAAGAUGAAGAACAAUUAUUAGUUGCUUGUCGUCAAGCCACAGAGUCUGCACAAGAAUUAAUUGAAAGUCAUGAAAAUGGACUUCAAACUGCUGUAUUAAUUGAGUCAAAUGUUCAAGAAGCUGAGAUUUUAGCACCAGAAAUGUUUGUAUUGCAAGCUUCAGUUGUAUCAGUUCAAGCUAUGUGUGGACAAGCUACAGUAAAUGAUAAUGGAUCACAAAUGUUAUUACAUGAAUUAUCAAGAGCUGUUGGAGAGGGACUGUUUGAUCUUGCAGCUAUGUCAGUUGAAAUGAAUAUUCAAGGAGAGAAAAUUGUUGAAGCUAAUAAAGCUCUUGUUACACUUGGACAAAAUGAAAUUGCUGCUAUGCGUCUUCUUGCAGUUACUUCAAGUGAAGAAGGGUGUCAAAAGUUAAUGGGAGAAAUGAAGAAUACAAUGGAUGUAUCACUUGCUAAUUAUCUUUCAUUAAUAGAGUCAUAUGGAGUUUUACAAGAAUCACCUGAGAUGCAAGCCUUGUAUGACCAAGUUAAUACAAUUAAGAUGAAUUGGGAUGCAUUAAUGGCAGGAACUCAAAUGAGUGGAAUAGAUGCAGAAAAGGAUUUACUUUCAAUGAUUCAAAAUUUGUCAGCUGUAUUUAAUGAAUUAGCACAAUUAAGUGAUCCAUUAGUCACUCCAGUUCAAGUUGAAAUGAGUAUUGAUAAUUUAGAAGAUAUUCUUGAGAGUACAAAAGAAACAUGUAAAAAUGUUGCUAAAGCUAAAAUUGAUGAAGGUAAUCAAGAACAAGUUGCAGUUAUUUUAGAUAGCUUUAAAGAUGUUGUACAAAAAUUCUUUAUAAUUAGAGAUAAACUAGAGAGUGGAGAAAGAGGUGAACUUGUAGAAGAUGAUUGUAUUUUAAUGAGACAAGCUAUGGAAAAAUUAAUGGAAGGAUGUGGAAUGGAAGAAGUUGGAGAAAAUAUGCAAGGACUUGCACUUAAUUCUAUGACUAAAACUGCUGUAGCUCGUAGAAUUGCUCUUGCUGCACAAGUUAGAAGAGUUAUUAAAAACGGACAUAUUAAAGAUAAAAAUGUUCAAAAACAAAUGUUAAAACUUACUAGAUCAUUGAACGAACAAGUAGAAGAUAUGCUUAAAUUAUUAUCAUUACCUGUAGAUGAACAAGGUGCUCAAUUACCAGAAAAAUGUAAAGAGUUUGCACCCAAAUCAUACGACUUAAUUGUUGAAGUUUUAGAAACACUUCCAUUAAUUGAAGAUAAUUCUUCACGUAGUGCUCUAGAAUUUGCAUGUAAUGAAGCUGAAAGAGCAACAUUUGAUAUGGCUCGAUUGAACAAUUUAUUCAAUAAUACUAAACAAGCUCGUAAAGAAGUUGUUGUUACUAAAAAAGAAGAAUUUGAUAAUAUUGAAAAUGAAAUUGAAUUAUUACUUGGAGAACUUGUUGCUGAUGACUUUGAAGUUCAAACAGUUAAUGUAGAAGGUGUUAGAAGUAAAGCUAAAAGUCAAAUUGAAGAAUCAAUUAAAGCUAUGGCUGAUCCAUUAAAGAAGAUAAGAGAAACACCAUUAGAAGAUCUUCCUGCAUUAUUUGAAAAGAUUCAAGCACAAAACAGAAAGAAUUAUAGAGCAGUUAAGGCUUAUGCAAGUACCGCUAAGAAAGGUGAUUUUAGAAAAAGAUUGUUAGAUGCAUCAAAAAGACUUGCUGAUCAAAUGAAAGGAGUUGUUGAUUUAUCUUUAGAUGAACAAUAUGAUGAAAUUGCUAAGAAACAAGCAGAACUAGCAGACAUUUGGUCUGAAAUGGAUGAGGUUAUGAAAGAUAUUGUAUUAGAUGAUGUUGUUGCACAACAAGAAACUAAAGAAGAAGAGAUUCAAGACGCUGCAACAAAAGAACUUGUUGGAGCAGCUAAUGUUAUUAAUAACGCUUUAGGCAAAAUCAAUGCUGCUCUUGAAGUGGCUAAAAGGAAGAAAGCUGAAAAAGAGAAACAAUUACAAGCUGAGCAACAAGCUGCUUAUGAAGCUGCUGUUGCUGCUAAUGAGGCAGCAGCUGUACCAAGAAAAAGAACAGCCCUUGUAUUGGACCAAACAGAUAUAUCUGUUGCUAUUUUAGAAGAAGCACAAACAUUGAUUAACUUUACUUCUGAUUUGAUUUCAAACGCUACAGUAGCACAGAAGAAUAGCAUUAAAGAAGAAACAGCCAAAGAAAAGAAAGAUGUUUAUAACCGUGAUGCUAAUUGGGAAGAAGGUCUUAUCUCUGCUGCUAAGACUGUCACUGGAUGUAUUCAAUAUUUAGUCAAAGCUGCUAAUGAUCAAGUCAUUCAUAAUAAACCAAGUGAGGCUAUGUUAGUUGCUUGUGCCAAAUCAGUUGCUGCUAAUGCUAUGCAAUUACAAGCUGCGUCUAUGGUUAAUUUAGCUUUGGAUGAUCCUAUGAGGGAUAAACUUGCUUCAACAAUUAAGAAAAUUACUGAUUCACAAUCAGCAUUUGUUAAGACAGUCUCACAAGGUGCUGAUGCUCGUUCAGAAGUUGCACCACCAAAAGCAAGAAAUGCACAACAAUUAAGAAUUAUGCUUAUGGAAGCUUCAGUCAAUAUUUCUAAUAUCGAAAAAGAAUUACAACAAGCACAAGAAGAAUUGUUGAGAAUGAGAAGAGCCCGUUAUGGUAAUGCUAAGAAACCAAUUCCAUCUGGUGUUUCUUCUGCUAGAAGUGUUCCAAAAGUCCCUGCAGCUAAAACAAACAAAGUUGGUGGGUAUGGUGCUUCCAAAAGUACUGCUACUUCUAAACCCAACACCACUACUAAACCUACUACUACAACUAAACCCAGUCCCACCACUACUCCUGCAAGAAGUGGGUUCUUAGCUAACAAACAACGACCUGCUGACCAACAAGCUGCUCUUAAUAAUAUAGCUAAUGCUGCUGCUUCUUUAAAUGCAUCAACAGGAGUUAGUAAUCCAACUCAUACGGAAGCAGUAAAUAAACCAACUAAUCCUACACACCCAAGAGCUAAUGGAUUUAUUGGUAGAACAAGACCAACUCCAAAACCUGAGGAGCCUAAACAAGAAGAAAUAGCUAGUCGUUCUACUCCAUUAAAACCUCAGAGCUCAAACAGUUCUGUCCAAGACAAACCACGUGCUGGUGCACUUAAAGCUACUCCUUCAACUGAUAAACCUGCUGUUCCACAACGUAAUUUCAAAGUAUCAACAAGAGCUCCACAAAAACCACUUCCUGUUGAAGAAAGCAAUGGUCCAUCUAAUGAGUUGGCUGCUUUAUUGGCUAAGAGAAGACAAAAAGAAUAA